AUGAUAGUCGCCAGUUCGUCGUUUCGGCGAGGUAUGUGCAUUGUGGUCACACGUGGAGAGGUGACACGUGGAGAGGUAGUAGAAGCAGCAUUAGCGUACUUCAACUCGCAUGCUGAUAUGGAUAGCAGUGGCUUGCAAGCGACAGUGCAAGAGCUUGGAGGGGGUAUGCGGAAGACUCAGGCUGGGGAAGUCUAUGGAGACGAACGUUUUAAGAGGCUCAUGGCGACUGUGGGGGCUCGGAUUGGAGACCUCGAUAGUGGAUCAUUAGUGGAGAUGGCUAGCGCGUUAAGUGCAUUACCGGGGCCUUCAACACCGGAGGUUUCGGAGGUGUGUAGGAAAAUAACAGAAAUUAUGGUAAAGAGAAGGGAUGAAUUUAAGCCUGCGGGUUUGGCGAGGAUAGCAUUGGCGUUGGCGUGUCGAGGCUCGAGGGAUCCUACGCUUAUCGAGAUGGUGAAGGAGGAUACGCUCUCACAAAUUGAAGAAUUCUCACCAUCAGAGUUAUGCUGUAUAUUGGAGGCACAUAGGCGUUGGGGUGUACACGAUCGAGAACUUACUGAGAAUGUUGUCGAACGCUUGACCGACGAAAUUGACCGAUUCACUGCUGAAGAUUUAGUGAAGACUCUGGAAGUGUUUGCCAGUCUUGGUUUGGCUAGGGGGCUGCUUCUGAGGCGAGUCGCGGCACUGUCACAUGAUCAACUACCACAAUUUACUCCAAUUCAAUUGGUGGAAAUUCUCAAGAGUUUGUCUAAACUAAGGUUUUUGUCAACUGUGCAAAUUGAUGGGAUAAUGGGGGCGUUGGGAGAUCUGAGAGAGUCUCUGAAAACGCCCAGACGGGUCAGUGAAGUAGUCUUUGUUUUGGUAUCGAACGAGUAUAAUAUAAACGAAGAGCUUUGGCUAAAUUUAGUGAGUUAUUACUCGGAGAUGCGCGAUAAACGGGGAAAUUAUGGAGGGAUUCAGUUGAGCUCUUUGGUGGACAUGGCGUGGAGUAUGUGUGCUUGUCAAGCUGCUCAAUCAGAUUUGCUGCAAGAUAUCGCCGGAGAGAUUUAUGGAUGUCAACCUCCCAGGAACAGGGACAUACUGGCAAAAAUGAUCGAAGUUGAUAGGGCUCUUGUUCUGGAGGGGAAGGGUGUUGAGGCUCCAGAGGCGUGGCAGUUGGCAUUCGCAGAAGCACAGAGAAUGGAAAUUGAAAGAAGUGAGAAGUCUCGACUGCAUUUCGAGGUGCUUGAUGCUUUGGAAGCUCUUAAGGGCGCCCGUGGGCUCGACGUUCGAUUGAAUAUUGUGAGGAACAAGAAAAUCGGGGGAUAUGUUGUUGACUUCUUUGAUGAGGAAACGAAGUUGGUGAUUGAAAUUGAUACUCUAAAGAAGCCGACUCCCUUGUUUAUGAAACACCGGCAUUUGAGACAACAUCAUAACUGCAAGAGUAUUGCCAUCGAAUAUUGGACAUGGAGGAGGAGGAAUAGAGCACCUGAAGAUGAGUGCAUAUUCUUACGCACUCUGGUGAAGGAAGCUUUGUUGCAGCAGUAA